AUGGCGUCGUCCUCGUGGGGUGCAGGGGGAGCGGGGACCGGUGACGGCUCCUAUGUCCCUGGGAGUCGGCGGAAGAAGGCCUACGAGUGGCUAAAGGCCGCGAAUGAAUUGGGCCAGGCGUAUACCGCGCGAUGGACCGGACAGCCCGGUAAUUCACAGGACGAUUAUUACCACACUCCCGGUGCUUUCCCGGAUGUUGAAAUUGCGCGCUCAGGUGAUGAGGAGAUGGUACUAUUUCCAAGCUACGGAAGGCGUUUAACACCCAAGAAGGAGUCGCAGAUGCAGACUCGACAGCGUCGUGAUUCUUGGUCUGAUACUAUCGAUGACUACCGUGGGGUGGCGAAUGGAACCGGCGGGCAACAAAGACCGCGGUGGGAAGAGGAGGAGAUUGCAAAUGCAGUCGCUGAUGUUGAUGUGCGUGGGUGGAUAUAUGCUCCUAGCCGAGGUCCCAUGAACAGAAAGCAUAGGCUUAUGAUCAAGCUGGCGAGGACUCUGAGCGGGAUACCAACCCCUACAGGCGGGGCGAAUGAAGAUGGGCCUGAUCGGCUCAAUGGCAGGAACGACGACGACGAUGUCAACCAUCAAAUGCAGGAUCUCGUUAAUACAGCAGAGCAGGGCGCCGACCAAGCAUGGAAAACUACCCACAGUGAACAAGCUCGGGUCAACCAAGGUCAGCCCGUACCGAUGAACAAGGAUGAGAUCUCGAUGGCAAAUGCGCACUUGAUGGAACGACUUCGACCAUUCUUGACAAAUCCCAUGGCCGGUAUGCCGGUGACUGUGUUUUUCUUUGACGAUCAGCAGAGCGAGUCCCGCAACAUCAUGACAGAUGAGUCUGGCCAUUUCAGCAUUCGAGCGUAUCUGCAAUUCGUGCCUACACAUAUUCGUGUCCUUGCGUCAGAAGACCUCUCUGCUGCUAGACCCAUUGACAUCAUCGAACCAGUGGGCAUAAGCUUGAUCAGCGACAUCGACGACACUAUCAAACACUCGGCCAUUGCCAGUGGUGCAAAAGAAAUUUUCCGGAAUACGUUUGUCCGUGAGCUGGGUGACUUGAAAGUUGAGGGCGUAAGUGAAUGGUACACGCAGCUAGCCAAGAAAGGCGUGGAGAUGCAUUAUGUUUCCAAUGCGCCAUGGCAGCUCUAUCCAUUGCUGGAGCGCUAUUUCAAAAUGGCUGGCUUGCCACCAGGCUCGUUCCAUCUAAAGCAAUAUUCAGGCAUGCUGCAGGGGAUCUUCGAGCCAACAGCAGAGCGUAAGCGGGGCUCCUUGGAGCAGUUGAUGCGCGAUUUCCCCCAGCGCAAAUUUAUCCUUGUUGGCGAUAGUGGCGAAGCUGAUUUGGAGGUCUACACCGACAUCGCUUUGGCGAACCCUGGCAGAAUUCUGGGAAUAUUCAUCCGAGAUGUAACAACGCCGCAGCAGCAACCUUUCUUUGAGAACUCAAACAAGAAUCUCAACCAAGGGCUUCGCAGUCAUACAAUAGCCCAGCCGAAUCAUUCCGACGUGCCGGAAAAUAGACCUGCGCUCCCUCCACGUCGGCCAAUUGAGGUUAUCAUCCCUGCCGAUGAUGCGAAAAACACUCAAGUGGGCAAUUUGAUCGAUCUAGACGACAGUGACACUCCAAACUCCACGAGCCAACCUAUGUCUACUCCAAAGUCACGGUUGCCUCCAACAAAACCAUCCAAACCAUCAUCUCUACGAUCUGCAAUGGAAACUGCCAGGGACAGCGAUGGAAAAGUGUUCUCUCCAGAGCUGAUACGUCGGAAGCCAGUCCCUCCUUUACCACCUCGCCGAGGAUCUGCGGCGAAAACAGAUCCCUUGGUUGAUCAGGAUCAGUCCUCGCCUGUAUCUCGAUCUCAGACACAACCACUUGGGGAAGUCAAUCAACCACCUCGGUCCAAGGCUCCUCCCCCGUUGCCACCGCCUCGGCGAAGCAACACAGCCUCCUCGGCUGCGACUUCAGGAUCUAACACCCCACCGUCAAGGACCCCAGGGCCCGGGCCAAAACCAUCAUACGCUUCGGCAGCACUGAACUAUGCCACUGAACGGCUUAAUCUUUCACAAGCACCGUCCGCUAGCUUACGCCAAUCGCCAUCAAAUCAGUCGCUGGGACGAACAUCAUCUAACCUCAAUUCCGGAAGUUCCAAUGAACCCGGAAUGCCGCCUGCGCCUCUACCCAACAAACGGGAAGAGCUAUGGCGCCGCCGUUGGGAGCGGGCGAGCGGAAUUCUAGAAAAGCACAAUGUGGUGCUGGGAAGCUGGCGUGUCGGGAGUGAUGCACAGCCUGUUUGCCUGUGGUUGGUCGAGGAGGCGUUGAAAAAGAACCAGAACAGUGGGUCGGUCGAUAAUACUGCCGGCCCUUAUCAACGAUAA